GCGAGCGCAGUAGCUCGUAGGAUGGGCGACAGGAUGCGCUGAGAGGACGAGCGUGAAGGCAGGGGUCUGGAGCGGCACUGAGGCGCACAGUUGUAUAUAACGAUUUCAGUUCCAUCUCCGUAGUUAUGUCGGUAAUCUGCCGCAACGCGUCCUGAAUUCGCACCCAAGAAAAUGUUGUCCGUUUUAGUUUAGUUUUCAUUGUUUUUUUUUUAAUUUUUUUUUCCCCCAUUUAUUUUCUCUGUCACCAAAGGGCAUAUCUGCUCCGCGAGGAUUUUCGAAGUGCUACAUGGAAUGAAUAACUUUGCCAGUAUGACUCGUUGGAUUAUGGUUUUUAACCGCAAGGCUUAUGGAAUAUAGCCUGAUUUGUCACAACCUAUAUGCUUUCUCAUUCAGCCCCGUGAAAAAGAAACUCUUACUUAUCUGCAUCAUGUUUCUUUUGUGGGUAUACAUGUUAUACUCUUGCGUGGGCUACUGUACCACAAUGCCAAGUUUGGUUGUGGACAAUUAUCGGGGAAAAGAGACAGAGUCUGCCGGUAAAAGGACAGAGAGCGGCAGGGCGGACCUGAUGUCCAGGCUACUACCCAGACCCCAGAGCUGGGUGGAUUUAGAAUCCGAUUACGACGAAUCUUCCGUCAGGACGGCUUCCAGAGACUUGCUAAAUAACGAGAUCGAGGUGGACAGAGCCGACGACUGGGACGAAAUUAGGGGGGAGCAGCGAUCCCCCGAGCCAAGUGCCAUGUCAAGUUUCUCCAAUGGGUCGGGCAGCAAGAAGCUGCCCCAGGCGAUCAUCAUCGGGGUGAAGAAGGGGGGUACGCGCGCGCUGCUCGAGUUUCUCCGCGUGCAUCCCGACAUCAGGGCCGUGGGAGCCGAGCCGCACUUCUUCGACAGGAACUACGACAACGGACUGGACUGGUACAGGGACCUGAUGCCCAAAACCCUGGAGGGUCAGAUCACCAUGGAGAAGACCCCCAGCUACUUCGUGACCAAGGAGGCGCCGGCCCGGAUCUACGCCAUGUCGCGGGACACCAAGCUGAUCGUGGUGGUGCGGGACCCCGUCACCCGGGCCAUCUCCGACUACACCCAGACGCUGUCCAAAAAGCCCGACAUUCCCACCUUCGAGAGCCUGACCUUCAAAAACAGGACUACGGGUCUGAUCGACACCUCCUGGAGCGCCGUGCAGAUCGGCAUCUACGCCAAGCACCUGGACAACUGGCUGCAGUUCUUCCCCAUGCGGCAGAUCCUGUUCGUGAGCGGGGAGCGGCUGAUCAGCGACCCCGCCGGGGAGCUGGGCCGCGUGCAGGACUUCCUGGGGCUCAAGAGGAUCAUCACGGACAAGCACUUCUACUUCAACCAGACCAAGGGCUUCCCAUGCCUCAAGAAGGCAGAAGGCAGCAGCAAGCCCCACUGCCUGGGCAAAACCAAAGGCCGCACCCACCCCAACAUCGACCCGGAGGUGGUGCAGAGGCUGCGCGACUUCUACAGGCCCUUCAACAUGAAGUUCUACCAGAUGACGGGACAUAACUUUGGUUGGGAUUGAGAAUAAAUCAAUAAAUAAAGAGGAGGACACAUUUUGUUUGAGCUGUUUUGUUUUUUUUUUUUUUCUGUAAUUCUGGCAAAAAGACAUGGAGAUAUUUGCUAUAUAUAUGUAAAAUGUACAGAAAUCUAUUUUAUAAUAAUUUAUUUUUAAUUUCUAAGCAAUUAAUUCACUAAGCUGCCUAACCAUAUUUGUACAUAACAGCUGGCCCAUGGUUUUUUUUUUUUUUUU